UUUCAAAUUUAUUGAUAUGAAGUUGGUGUCAACCAUGAACUAAGAUAUCUUAAAAUAAAUGUCAACUGCGAAAAAAUUGUUACGAAUUUCACUUUUCAGGAUUGGCAGCUUUGAAGUUGAUAAAAUCAAAAAAUAUGUAUUCGUUAUUAUCAUUUGAUUAUUUACUUAUUUAAAAUUGUCAUGUUCAGUUCAUUUAACAAUUUAUUAUUUUAAAAAAAUCUACUCACUAAACUGACAUACUCAUGUACUACCGUCUACCACUGAACUAAAUAUUUCAUAUAUUUAGUUCAGUGCAUACUACACAUAGUGCACAUUCCUAGUAUUCACUAUGGCGCAACAUAUGAAUGCUGCUGUAGACGAAGACGCCGCUCUGUUACAAUUUCCCAAAGAAUUUGAAAACGCUGAAACUUUACUUAUUUCCGAAGUUAAUAUGUUGUUGAAAUUUCGCAAGAAUCAAAAUGAAAGUGCCGAAGAAGAACAAGAAUUUUCGGAAGUGUUUAACAAAACACUGACAUAUACAGAACAGUGUUCCAAGUUCAAAAACAAAGAAACCAUUGUUGCUGUAAGGAAUUUACUUGCUGGAAAAAAAUUGCACAAGUUUGAGUUGGCGUCAAUUGGUAACUUAUGUCCUCAACUUGCUGAUGAAGCCAAAUCACUUAUACCCAGUUUGGAAGGUAGAUUUGAUGAAGAUGAAUUACAACAAAUUCUAGAUGAUAUACAAGCUAAAUUAAGUAUUCAGUACUAAUUAAAUUGUACUAAUCACUUAAAAAAAUUAUAUCAAUAUUCACUAGGAAUAAGAGUUUCAAAUCAUUUUGCUUGAGUCAAAUCCUUCAACUCAGCUCAGUUGCUUUGUCGCUAAUAACUCUAUUGGUCACCCAUGAUAGACCUGACGCCGGGUGAUGCUUGACUACAGCAUCAUUCAGUAAUUGCGUCCAAAAACUUUUUGUUUUUUAUGAUAUUAAUAAAAUUAUUUAAACCGAUAUGACAUUCAGAUUUUGAAUAUGUUAUCAAUAGGACUGGGAUUUUGAUACUAUGUAAUUUUUUUCCUGAUGUUCCAGCACGUAUAGGUUCAUAAGCAGAAAAUAUAUUUUUAUAUGAUACUGGUACUAUAUUUUUUAUUUUGCAUUUUUUGACAAAUUAAAACAUUAAAUGUAUAUUGAGAGCAUUUUUUUAAUGUAUCCAUAAAUUCAUAAAUAUUUAGCAAUUUGAUUCAAAACUUUUUGUAUGUAAUUUAUUUAAUUGUUUAAACUAGAUUAUUAGUAUUGCAAUAAGUAAACACAUGGCCAUGUACAUAUUUUAUCAGAUAAUGUCAAACGUCUAGUAUAAAUAGAUCAUAAUAUAUUCACCAAUUACUGUAUUCAUAUUUAUAAUUUAUAAACUAUAAAGAAUUACAGAAACUAUAACACUACUAUCUCAAGUAAUUUUAUUAGUUUUCUUUACUAUUUUACUUACACACAGUUGCACAUAAUUUUACUUAAGUUGUGUUUUUGUACAUUUUGUUGUGUUUCUGUCUUGUCCAAAAAUGAAAUCAAUUGCCAAAAUAUGUCAAUAAAUUCGGUAGAAUUUAUUUUCCUCAGAUGGUGAAAUAUUUUUUUGCAAAAUAUGUAAAAUAUAAGUGGCUUCUAAAAAAAAUGUACCAUAGUACAACACAUUUCAUGUGAAAAAUAUGUACAAGGAAUACAUCGCCGAGAAGUUAAACCAGACUAACAGGUACCUAAAAUACAAAGUUUUUUAAAAGAUAAUAAAUUGUCUCUAUUUUGUUAUAAUCUGACUAAUGCCUUUCUUUCGGCCAAUAUUCCAAUAAAUAAACUUGAAAAUCCAAUAUUAAAAAAUAUUUUAGAGUACACUGAUAGGACAUAGGUCUAUUCUUGACAGAUCUUCAAUAAGAAAAAACUAUAUUAGUAAAUGUUACAAUGGAUAAAAUAAUUCAAUACAAGAUAGAUAAGAAAAAUUAGGGUUUCUUCGGAUGAAACAACAGACUCAGAACUCAGUAGACCAUUUUGUUGUAUACUUUAUUAUAAGUACUUUAGAAAUUAUUUCCACUGAAAAAACAUUUCUUUUAAACUGUGAAUUUUUAAAAAAAGUGAAUCAGUCUAUUGUUGCUAAAAUAUUUAAUAAUGCUCUAUAUAUUGACCAAAAAACAUUAAAUAUGAUAACAUGUUAUUAUUUGUAAGAUUAAAAAAUUAAAAUUGUUGCACCACAAUAUAUAAGGAAGCCCGAAGACCAGCAACGGCAGAUGUACCUUAGCUAUCAACACCAGAGCACUUUCACGACAAUCAGCCACUUAUUAUAUUAGUUACAUGUAUUUUGUUUUUAUGUAAUAAAAACAUUAUUCGUUA